GUCUGUCUGUCUGUCUGUCUGUCUGUCUGUCUGUCUGUCUGUCUGUCUGUCAUGCCAUGGUGCUCAUCCUUUUUCUCUGCUAUAACUACUUCUUCCUCUGGCUCCAUUCCGGCUCCACUGCUGACCUUAAGUCAAAGGAAGUUUAUCUUUGAGCAAAAGGGCACGCAGCGGAUCCUGGUCAUCAACAACUGCGGCCUGAAUGAUGAUGCUGCUUAUUCCGUAGCUGCGGGAGAAGAGAAGUGCACCACAGAGCUGUUUGUCAAAGAGUUACCAGUGAAGAUUACUAAAGAGAUUGAGGCGGUGAAAACGACAGUGAACGAGAGGAUUGAGUUGGAGUGCGAAGUGUCUGAAGUAGGAGCUCAAGUAAAAUGGUGUAAGAAUGGCGUGGAGGUACCGACCGGGCCCCGGUCACGCUACCGUGUCAAGUCUGACGGGCUGAAACACUGGCUAAUUAUUGACGAUGCCUCAAAGGAGGACACUGGAACCUUCUCCCUAAUGGCCUCUGGGGGCACCUCUGAAGCCAAAGUCCAGGUUGAAUUGAAGCCACUGAAGAUUAUUCAGGAUUUGCAGGACAUGACAGUGCUUUUGGGCCAGCCACUGAAGAUGCACUGUGAGAUCUUCCCUGGAAAUGUUCCAGGUCGCUGGUACAGGAACGGACAAUUGAUCCAGUCCAACGACCGCAUCAACAUCCUGCAAAGAGCCAAGAACCACCGAUUAGAAAUUGUGAACAGCACCAUUCACGAUGCCGGGGAUUAUACCUUUGUGCCAGAGGGAUACUCUCAGAGCCUCUGUGCCAAAAUUCAUAUCGUUGAUCCUCCCAGGGUGCACCUAGAGAGCUUGAACUUCCCUGACAACACAGUGACCAUUGUGGCAGGAAAUAAACUCCGUGUGGAGAUCCCCAUCAGUGGAGAACCAGCACCCAGAGUGGUGUGGAUGAAGGGAGAGAGGGUGAGUGCUGACCUGGGUCAAAAUAGGCUUCAUUGUGCUUAAUUGUUGUCGGAAGUAAAGUAUACAGU